AUGUCCAGGGAAAACGGGAACAACGGCCAGAAUGGGAAUACGACGGACGAAGAGGCUUUCCUUGUCGACGAGAGAACAAUGACGGUAGAUGGGCUUCCCCUGCACAUCUGGUGUCGCACGCCCGGGAACCUAGCAAAAGUACGGGCCCUGGUGGAGCGAGGCGCAGACGUCAACGCGGUUGACGAACACGAUGCGACACCGGUCUACUACUGCGCCUUGACGGGGAACGCUCCAGUGCUCCGUUUCCUGCUAGAAGCGGGAGCCGUGCUCGACCCGAAAACGUUUGUUGGCGAGCGUGUUCUAUACGCCGCUCUAACUCCAGAAAUUAAACGCUUGCUGCUUCAGUAUCGGGAGCAAACGCUCCCUAGCUAUACGGAUGCACUGACGGAGCACCUGCGCGCUGUCCUGGAGGGUAACGAGAACGUCGGCGGACACGUCGAUGAUGAUGCCGACGUCGGCUUCAGACUUGAGGGGAAUCGCUGCAUCUGGGCCCAUCGGGUGGUGCUCGCUGCCCGCAGCCCGGUUUUCGAGAAAAUCCUCGAGAAACGAACAUCACCGGGCAAAGUCCUGCGGCUGAAACACGUCUCCACGGAUGCAUUCGAGGCGUUUCUGCGCUACCUGUACACCUCAACCGUUUCCGUGCGGGUACGGCAUGCGGAAGAAUUCAUGACCAUAGCGCAGCGGUUCCAUCUCGAUGAGCUCGCCCAGGAAGUCGAUAGGCAAAGGCAAUGGCUCUUGCGAAAGCGCGAGCACAAAUACGAAGUUGUAACGCAUCAGCGCCUCGAAGAUCUACACAUCAAUCUUUUCGGCGCGUCGCGAGUCCACCGUCUGGAACAGGACUUGGAGCACCUUCUGUCGCGUACCGAUAACAUGCCGUUCGUGGACGUGUACGUACAGGUAACGUGCCCAGGCCCCACAUACGAGGAAUGUUCGUUGUUGGUGUACCCCGCGCACUGGCUUUUUCUUCGUCGUGCGGAGUACUUUCGGGCCUUGCGCGACUUUUAUCGCGAUCGUUCCAGUGCCUGUGCAAUCGUGCGCAUCCCGUCGAAUAUCUCUCCUUUUGCUUUCGAAUGCGUGUUGCAUCACAUGUACCAUUCGAGCCUUCCCCGGAACUGGCGCGAAAAGGCACUUGAUUGUGCGCGCCUCCGACGCGAGCCGUGCAAUCAUCACGCAGUGGACGUCGACAUGAACGAGUUUCUGGUGGAGAUCAUUGCCGCCGCCGACCUUCUGGGCUAUCCGCAUGUGAAGCAGUCAGCCGCCUCAGCGAUGGAAAUCAAUCGCAUCAAUGUCUUCGGUCUCAUCUACGCGGCGGCAUGUUAUCAGUCGCGGGCGUUGCGAGCAGCUUGUGUGCGAAUCCUUGCGGAGAUGCUGUUGGAUGCGGUGCAGCCUCUGCUUGUGCCGAGCGUCACGGCGAUUUCUUGUUCGGCAACCCGAGUUCCAGAGCCCGGCAGUAUUGCAGAGGCCUUGGUGCCGCACGUGGAUUCGCAGUUGAGGCUUCCGCCCGCCGAUUCUCGCACACGAGACUCGUCGAUUGCCACCUCACAGGAAUCGAACCACGCUAGCCAAUGCUCGUCGAUUGCUGCAGUGUCCGCAACGGACACUUGCACAAUGCCGUCGUGGCAGGUUCUGAACCAGUGUCCGACGCAUGUCGUUCAGGUCGACCGGCACGCAACCGUUUUCCAGCGUGCGCGCGAUUUCAUCGCCCUCAGACAAGUGCUCAGUGCGGUUGAAUUCUCGGAAAUCAUGGAGGAUGUUCGCGAGGAAGCCCUGCGUCUGGGCCUCGUGCAUAAAUUUAGUUCGGCAGUCAGGGACGCACUCGGCGAGACGCUGGAUUGUAUCGUUUUCGAAAUCACGGACGGGCUGGUGUUGGCCGAGGGCAGCGCAGAGCGCACCACGAGACACCAUGCGUAG